AAGCUUAUUGGUGGCUGGCCUGUAGUUCCAUCACACUUCUAUUCAUCUCCCUUUCUUUUACUCUCUCUCUCUCUCUCUCUCACUCUGUCCCUCUCCUAUUCUUUCUGUUGUUUUAACUUUGCCUGAAUAUAUACCAACAUGCCUCCAAACUAAUGGGGUUUGUUCUGUUUUGCUAGCACUUGAACCCUUGCUUGCUUAUCAUCUCUCUCUGUUAGAAAAUUGCAAAAUAAAGAGUGGGAAUUUGAUCAAGAAUCAAGAAAUAGAGUAAUUUUGGAGGGUUUGUAAAUGGCUGUGAAGACUCUGUAUUUCAAAGAACAUGAAGGAAUUGGGCAGUCAUCAAUGCCUUGGUGGAGUGCUUUUGGGUCUCAAUCUGUUAAUGGUGAAACCUUUGACUUAUUCAAGCUUUCAUCCAUGGAAAAAUUGACGGAAGAAGACCAAUUCAGUGGCUUGAAGCAAACCAGAAACAAUACUGAGCAUGAUCUGAAUAAAAAGAUUUCUGAUACUAAUACCAUUCAAUUCACUGUUUUUCCUGGUGACUGUAAAGUUUCAAGUGAUGGACAAAAACCUCCGCAGACAGCCGAAUAUCAUGGUCAUGUCGACAUGGGAUUUCGCCAGCCGAUGAUUUAUGCAAAAUAUCCUCACAUGGAUCAAUGCUACGGGCUAUUCUCAGCUUAUGGUUCGCAAAUUCCGGGCCGAAUGAUGCUGCCAAUGACCAUGACGACGGACGAAGGGCCAAUAUUUGUGAAUCCUAAGCAGUAUCAUGGAAUCAUCAGGCGCAGGAAAUCUCGUGCAAAGGCUGAACUCAAGAAUAGAUUGACCAGAAAAACAAAGCCUUAUAUGCACCUGUCAAGGCACCUCCAUGCGAUGCGUCGACCAAGAGGAACCGGUGGCCGUUUCUUGAAUUCCGGCACCGGAAAAGGCGGAACAGAAGCAAAGAAAGCCAGCCAUGUUACUCAAAUAUCUCAUCCCACAGCUUCUCAUAGCUCUGAAGUCUUUCAAUCUGAUAGCGGAACUCUAAACUCACCCAAGGAACCAAACAUUUCAGGGUCCGAGGUGACAAGUACGUACUCUAAGAGACAUUUUGAUCAUCACUUCUCGAUCAAUUAUCUCUCGCCACCUGUCCACCCUUUCAUGAUGGACAGUGGACAGUGGAUUGCAGCCGCAGCAGAUAACUGCUGCAACCUGAAAGUUUGACGAAACCGGGAUGGGAUUAGGGCUUAGUUGUUGGCAUGCACUAAGCACCAAAACCAUCCCUUUGUCGCAACCAAAUGAUGUUUGGUUGUCUGGGCAAAUCAUUCUUGGCUCAUAUGCAUCAAGGGCAUUUCUGUCAUUUUUAAAGGAUGAUUAGAGGUGAAACCUUCAUGCAUAUAUAUGUAUAAAAAAAAUAUAAUUAACAAAUAUAUAUAUAAAUAGUGUGGAAAUGAAUAAGUGCAUUACCAUUGUGUAAUGAUGAUGUGAAAUUCUGGUUUGUGUUUCUUGAAGUUAGAUGUUUGCUGUCUGGUUUUCAGACAUUGUGUAAUAAAAUGUAUUCUGCAAAUUGUAAGGAUUAUUCAAGAUGUAAUUUGUAAGGAUAAUAUGACUUUGUGAACUA